AUGUUAGGCUCGCACGACUCGGGAGGUACCCCUGAGCUCGAUCCAAAACUUCCAGUAGCAGAUGAUUUGCCGGAUUUCAUUCGAAGAAUGGGCGCUUCCCCGUUCGUCAAAGCUGGAGUUAAAAGAUGGGGUGUCACCCAAAAUUAUUCAAUCCGUAAACAGCUCGAGCAUGGAGUUCGCUAUCUCGAUCUACGUGUUGCUUAUCCUCCACCAAAAGUGCGAGCUUCUGAAAGGGAUUUUCGGCUAGUCCAUGGGCUGUUUGGAAUGACUUUACGGCAUUGUCUAACACAAGUCGCAGACUUUUUAAAAGAAAAUAAAAAAGAGGUUGUGCUACUUGAUGUUAAUCACGUGUACGACGUUGAUGAGACGAGGUUUACUACUUUAGCAAAGGAAAUAGGUGAUUGUUUUUUCUCCGUUCAAAGGAAGAACUUUGAUCUCUACUUCAUCCUCUGGGAAUGCUACAAUUUUGCUUUGGCCGGCCUUUACAAUACGAUCACCUUGGCCGAAUACUUCUGA